AGUGUGUCGUUGCAAAUAUGUCCAUGCGUCUGGUUCUAAUUGGCGUGGCCAUCCUGGCAUUGGCCUACGGACAACCUGUUCCCGGAGCUCCAGAAGUCACUGAAAAUUCUAAUCCAGUACAGGAGAUAAAUACAGCAAAACCCAUGUAUAAUGACUACCAACGGACCCUUUUCCUGCUGCUGCCCCUGCUGUUUCCUAACCAAUUCUAUAUACCGACUACCAGCGGCUAAUAAACUACCUUAGUUCUGUUCCACAAUCUGAACUUGGCGCGCUCGUCAUUUGGGUCACCCGUUAGAGUGCUCUUCUUGCCCUUUAUACCGACUACCAGCGGCUAAUAAACUACCUUAGUUCUGUUCCAC